AUACUACAUUUCUAUAUAUAUAUACCAUCCUCCUAUCGUAUCUGCUAUUCUGCUUCACUUCAUUACAAACAAACCAUAAACUUCUCUUAUUUAGUAAAAACAAAAGUAUUUUGUUUUCACAGAAGAAACAAAGAGGCAAGAAAACAAAAUAAACAGAGCAACACACAAAACAAAGUUCUGAGAUUAUGGGGAAGCACUUGUUCCGGUCAUCUCCUCCACAGGAGAAACAGCCAGCUCACCAAACACUCGCCGAGUCAGCUGUACAAGAGUGUAUGAGCAAAAUCAACAGAGUCACAUCCAAAUGGACUUCUCCUUCUCCUUCUUCCGACGCACACCUCUUCUCCACCAACAGUCGUCGCGAAGCAGAGGAGUUCGCUGAAGCCGUCAGGCAUCUACACAGCACGAUGCACCGUUUAGCCGCCGUCAAUCCAUCAUCUGAAAAGCUAGUCUACGCUCAGAACCUGAUGCAAUCAGCGAUGAACCUUCUCGAAUCAGAAUUCCACCGCGUGUUGAAGGAGAACCGACAGUAUCUCGACCCUGAAUGCGUCUCAGUCCGAUCCUACAGAUCGUCAAGAUUCGCAUCGACACCCACCAGCGUCUCCGACUCCGAAGACGAAACUUUUUACGAAGAAAACGCAGAAGAACAUAGAUUCUCCGGCGGAGAUUCCGACGCAAUGGACGAUCUCAAGAUGAUUGCUGACUGCAUGAUCUCAACCGGAUACGCCAAAGAAUGCGUCAAGGUCUACAAAACCGUGCGGAGAUCGAUCGUCGACGAGACGCUCCACGGCUUAGCGGUGGAGAGAUUCACUCUCCACCAAGUUCAGAAAAUGGAUUGGGACACUCUCGAGUCCAAGAUCAGGACCUGGCUGCCAGCUGUCAAGCUAGCCGUUAGGUCCCUCUUUUUCGGAGAGAGGCUUCUCGCCGAUCACGUCUUCUCCUCGUCCCUCAACAUAGUCGAAUCCUCCUUCACCGACAUCACACAAGAAGGAGCGUUGACUCUCUUCACCUUCCCGGAGAACGCGGCCAAGAUCAAGAAACUCUCGCCGGAGAAAAUGUUCCGGUUCCUCGACAUGUACGAGUCCCUCGCGAGCCUCUUCGUCGAGAUCGAGUCCAUCUUCUACUUCGACUCGGCCGCCGCCGUCAGAGCUCAGGUGAUCAACUCGCUGGCGAAACUCGGCGACGCGGCGAGGCUCAUGAUGACGGAUUUCGAAACGGCGAUUCAGAAGGAAACCUCCAGAACGCCGGUCGUCGGCGGCGGCGUUCACCCUCUCACGCGCUACGUCAUGAACUACCUCUCCUUCCUCGCGGACUACGACGAGUCCAUCGCCGUGAUCUUCGAGAACUGGCAGGUAACCUCGCCGUCUCCGUCGCCGGAGUCUCUCGCCGGAGACGACGCUCGGCCGGAGGAGCUGUACUCGUCUCCGGUGUCGGUACGUAUCGCGUGGGUGAUCCUCCUGACUCUUUGUAAGAUCGACGGCAAAGCUCAGCCGUACAAAGACGUGGCGCUGUCUUACCUCUUCCUCGCGAAUAAUCUCCAAUACGUCGUCGUUAAGGUGCGUUCGUCGUCUGGCUUGAAGGUUCUUCUCGGGGAGGAUUGGGUGGUGAGGCACGAGGGGAAGGUGAAGCAGUACGCGGAGAAGUUCCAGAAGCUCGCGUGGGGGAAAGUGCUGACGUCGUUGCCGGAAUAUCCUAAGGAGGAGAUCGCGCCGGAGGAGGCUAGAGAGUUGUUCGGUAGGUUUAACGACGAGUUCGAGGCGGCGUACCGGAGACAGAUGUCGUGGGUGGUGCCCGACCCGAAACUUAGGGACUGGAUCAAAAUCUCGUUGAGUGGGAAACUCGUGCCGGUUUGUUCCGAGUUUUACGAGGUGAACCGGUUCGGUUUGGGAGGAGACGGGUUUAAUGUCAGGUAUACCCCUGAAGAUAUUGGAAACUACUUGUCGGAUCUUUACUUUGGAAGUAGAGGGUCAGGGAGUGUGUCGACAAAAGGCUCAGGAUCCGGAUCCGGAACCGGUUCGUCGACUACGGUUAAAUCUCGUGGAGGACGUAGCCAUUGAAUGAGAAUCUCGUCAUAUAUUAAGUUCUUUUGUUUAAUUUUAGGUGGUGAUCGUGAUAUUGUUAAGGUACAUACAGUGAUGUAUGAUCGUAUCAUAUAUUCAUAUAAUAUGUUAAAUUAUUAAUCGAAUUAUCGUUAUACCAUAAUAAUCAUUCGAUAAUUUUUUGGAA